AUAUAUAGAGUUAAGAAGUCUAGGUCUGCUUCCAGAAGAACACAGUUCCACGUUGCUUGAAAUUGAAAAUCAGGAUAAAAAUGUUCACAAUUAAGCUCCUUCUUUUUAUUGUUCCUCUAGUUAUUUCCUCCAGAAUUGACCAAGACAAUUCAUCAUUUGAUUCUGUAUCUCCAGAGCCAAAAUCAAGAUUUGCUAUGUUAGACGAUGUAAAAAUUUUAGCCAAUGGCCUCCUUCAGUUGGGACAUGGUCUUAAAGACUUUGUCCAUAAGACUAAGGGCCAAAUUAAUGACAUAUUUCAAAAACUCAACAUAUUUGAUCAGUCUUUUUAUGAUCUAUCACUGCAAACCAGGGAAAUCAAAGAAGAAGAAAAGGAACUGAGAAGAACUACAUAUAAACUACAAGUCAAAAAUGAAGAGGUAAAGAAUAUGUCACUUGAACUCAACUUAAAACUUGAAAGCCUCCUAGAAGAAAAAAUUCUACUUCAACAAAAAGUGAAAUAUUUAGAAGAGCAACUAACUAACUUAAUUCAAAAUCAACCUGAAACUCCAGAACAUCCAGAAGUAACUUCACUUAAAAGUUUUGUAGAAAAACAAGAUAAUAGCAUCAAAGACCUUCUCCAGACUGUGGAAGAACAAUAUAAGCAAUUAAACCAACAGCAUAGUCAAAUAAAAGAAAUAGAAAAUCAGCUCAGAAUGACUAAUAUUCAAGAACCCACAGAAAUUUCUCUAUCUUCCAAGCCAAGAGCACCAAGAACUACUCCCUUUCUUCAGCUGAAUGAAAUAAGAAAUGUAAAACAUGAUGGCAUUCCUGCUGAUUGUACCACCAUUUACAAUAGAGGUGAACAUAUAAGUGGCAUGUAUGCCAUCAGACCCAGCAACUCUCAAGUUUUUCAUGUCUACUGUGAUGUUUUAUCAGGUAGUCCAUGGACAUUAAUUCAACAUCGAAUAGAUGGAUCACAAAACUUCAAUGAAACGUGGGAGAACUACAAAUAUGGUUUCGGGAGGCUUGAUGGAGAAUUCUGGUUGGGCCUAGAGAAGAUAUACUCCAUAGUGAAGCAAUCUAAUUACGUUUUACGAAUUGAGUUGGAAGACUGGAAAGACAACAAACAUUAUAUUGAAUAUUCUUUUUACUUGGGAAAUCACGAAACCAACUAUACGCUACAUGUAGUUAAGAUUACUGGCAAUGUCCCCAAUGCAAUCCCGGAAAACAAAGAUUUGGUGUUUUCUACUUGGGAUCACAAAGCAAAAGGACACUUCAGCUGUCCAGAGAGUUAUUCAGGAGGCUGGUGGUGGCAUGAUGAGUGUGGAGAAAACAACCUAAAUGGUAAAUAUAACAAACCAAGAACAAAAUCUAAGCCAGAGCGGAGAAGAGGAUUAUCCUGGAAGUCUCAAAAUGGAAGGUUAUACUCUAUAAAAUCAACCAAAAUGUUGAUCCAUCCAACAGAUUAGAAAGCUUUGAAUGAACUGAGGCAAAUUUAAAAGGCAAUAAAUUAAACAUUAAACUCAUUCCAAGUUAAUGUGGUUUAAUAAUCUGGUAUUAAAUCCUUAGGAGAAGGCUUGAGAAAUAGAUUUUUUUAUCUUAAAGUCACUGUCAAUUUAAGAUUAAACAUGCAAUCACAUAACCUUAAAGAAUACCAUUUACAUUUCUCAAUCAAAAUUCUUACAACACUAUUUGUUUUAUAUUUUGUGAUGUGGGAAUCAAUUUUAGAUGGUCGCAAUCUAAAUUAUAAUCAAUAGGUGAACUUAUUAAAUAACUUUUCUAAAUAAAAAACUUAGAGACUUUAAUUUUAAAAGUCAUCAUAUGAGCUAAUAUCACAGUUUUCCCAGUUUAAAAAACUAGUUUUCUUGUUAAAACUCUAAACUUGACUAAAUAAAGAGGACUGAUAAUUAUACAGUUCUUAAAUUUGUUGUAAUAUUAAUUUCAAAACUAAAAAUUGUCAGCACAGAGUAUGUGUAAAAAUCUGUAAUAUAAAUUUUUAAACUGAUGCCUCAUUUUGCUACAAAAUAAUCUGGAGUAAAUUUUUGAUAGGAUUUAUUUAUGAAACCUAAUGAAGCAGGAUUAAAUACUGUAUUAAAAUAGGUUCGCUGUCUUUUAAACAAAUGGAGAUGAUGAUCACUAAGUCAUAUUGACUUUAAUAUGAGGUAUCACUAUACCUUAACAUAUUUGUUAAAACGUAUACUGUAUACAUUUUGUGUAUUUUAAUACUUAAUACUAUGAAAACAAGUAAUUGUAAACGUAUCUUGUCAGAUUACAAUAGGAAUGAACAUACUGGUGACAUCGAGUUAAAGUUUAUAUUUCCCCUAAA